AUGGCUGACAUACGCAACCUUGAGGACGGGUCGACGGUGUUGGCGAAGAAGACAAAAGGGGGAUGUAUUCAGGCGCAGGGAACAAUGUCGAUCCUGCAGGGGACGCUCAAAUACUGGGAGGUAACGCUCCUGUACGUCAAGGGUUCGCAACUCUCCAUCGGAGUAGCUCCCCUGGGACACAGCGGGAUCGUAGGAAUGAAGGAGUCGGUGGGGUUGGAGUCGGAGCGAGGCCAGCUGCUGUACAAGGGGAGCGUCGAGACGUACCUUGGGCGUCAGCUGGAGCAGGGAGACACGGUGGGUGUGGGAUGGGACUCGGGAAGCAACGAGCUGUUCUUCACCCUCAACGGCCUUCGGUUCCCAUCAAUCUUUGUACCUGUGGGAUUUGUCAGUCCCCUUCAUCCCUCCAUCUACUUCCUGGGUCCCGAGGCAGCCGUUUCCUUCAACUUCCUUGGGUACUUCCGCUAUGAUGCGAUUGGCGUCCACCCGAUCGAUGUUCCUCUCCUGCCCAGCUCCAGCAUCUUCAACACGGUUGGAGGACUGAGGUCGAUCGACAUUGGGCUGCAGGAAGCGAUCGUCUGCUCCGAUGAGAGGUUUCCCGCCGGGGGUGACGCGUCAGUCCACUCAGCGCUCGCGCUGACUGACCUCUGCCCCGGGCUCGGGUGCCUGCCCGGGACUGGAGGGCAGAUGGUGGUGCUGGGGUACUUUGAAACCUUCAUCAUGAAGGGUAGGUCGGUCCAGGUCGGAAUCAGGAGGUCAAGUUCAGCACACGCCCAGCUACGUGGGGCUCAGAGGAACGGUAGGGAUCAGGAGGCUGGUGGCGGAGGGUACGGGGCCCCGAGGAAGGUUGUAGAUGCGCUGUUUGCGCAGUUCCCGGGGGAGAAGAAGGCGGAAGAGGGAACAGGCUGGUUGCUGCUGUCCAUGGAUGGGGAGGUCUCAGGGGGGGCGACGGAUAGGCUGCAGAUCAGGGAUGACCAUUCGUCUGUGAUUGCAAGCCCUAUCUCAAGCCGCUUCGGGGAGGGAGAUAUCCUGGGAUGUGGCGUUCUUGCCGCGGAAAACUCUUGUUUCUUCACGAAGAAUGGUCAAUUCUUGGGAUUCUGCGGAUUUGACUGGAAGAUGGGAAAAGACAGUCACCUUCUCUCCUACGACAGCUGUCGGGGCCAUACCGGAACUCCCUCCCCCGAUCUGCACGAGAAGCCGCAGCAAGGAGCGGAGGAGCAGCAGAGAAGGCUGGAUCCGAUCAUCACAGACAUUGACGAACAGCACAUCGUCUUCGACGGCAGCGCGUUCGCACUGGAUGGCGAGGGCAGGCAGGAAGAGCAGAUGGACACAGGAGGUCACAGACACCUUGACCAUCUCCACAACUCUUCUCAUCAGCAGUCGGAAGCGUUCGACAACAGCAAGAGGGGAGGAGAGAGAUUUUCCCUGCUCGCAAACGGCCAGAGCUCGCAGUUUCCCACCGGGCAGGUCGGGAUGGUGAGCGAGGGGCCGGAGCAGCAGGGAUGGCUAUCACCCAUCUUCCUGCCAAGUGAGAACAUCACGCUGCAGACAGACAGGAUGGAAGAGUUUCAGUCCUUGAGAGGUGAUUAUGAUUUCAAGCAAGACAGCGCUGAAGAGGACGGGGGAGAUGUUGAUGGUAGCGACGGCGACGGGGAUGAUGGAAGGAGGAAGCAGAGAUCUGAUCUCAGCCAGCACUUCAACGGGAUCCUCAUUGCAUGUAAGGAGAUGGAGACGAUAAGGGACAAUUUCAACAACUUGGAAAGACACCUCAGCGACUGUGUCAGGAAUGCUCAGUUCUCAUUGGCGAAGUACCGCGAGCGUCGACUGGCAGACAUGAGCACGUGGGAGGAAGGAAAGCUUGCAGUGGACGUUGACGACUUGCUGGCUACUUUGAUGCAAGCACGGGACGAGACGGUCAUCGGCAGUGCAGUGUUUGACAGCACGACAAAUAAAAUUCGCGAAGAGGCUGAAACAGCAGCAAGACGAACAAGCGAAAGCGCUGGGGCAGUUGAGACAGGAAGCGUCAAGAGCUAUAAAGAUCGUAUGAAAAAGAUGCAGCAGAAAUAUGAGCUGGAGAUCAAGGGGAUGAAGGCGAGAUAUCAGAAGGCGAUUGCGAACCUGCAGGAAGAGCUUGCGAGCAAGAAGGUUGGGGUCAGAGUCAGAGUCAGGCCGAAAGCAAUGGAGCAGCAGCAGCAGCAGCAGCAGCAGCACAUGUUGGGUUUCGCGAGACUUCUGACGUGUCUUGGGCUCUCAGCUCAGCAGGGCAGGAGACUCUCCGGGGUCGUCGGAGAAGAAGACGACAAGAGCUCGGGCCCGAUCGGAGCCGCCGCAGAAGCAAGAAGCGUCGUCGACCAGCAGGCGAAUCUCCCGACCAACGUGAUCGAAUGA